ACAACCUCUCAACUUCAUCGAGAUAUCCAUCACAAUGUCAACAGAAAGAUCUCCCUUCAAGACCGCGGUCUAUGGCCUGUGGUCGUAUCAAUUUGGCUUCCUCUUGUUCGCAGAAACAUACCAGCUUCUCGUGGACUCACUCUCCUUCCGCCUCCUGUUUCUGCUUCUCCCCUUCACGUUUGAGCUGUUUCUCCUUUUCACCACAGCUUCUCGUAUACCCAAGUUGGCACCAUGGACCAAACGUUUUCACCGGUUCUUCUAUGAGACAAGAGACUGGGCUAUGGUCCUACCAGUCUUGAGCAUCCUCUGGGUCUUUGGCAUUUUAAUGGUAGCCGGCCUCGUCUUCACAGACCUCAUUGGUUCGGGUUACGGGCCAAUCAACAAAACUCUAGUAUUCAUACAAUCAUGGCUUGGGUUUGUUGUUUAUAUAGUUUACAUCGGGGGUGUUGUAAGCUUUAUCCCACUCCCGUUUUGGACAGCUUUUGUUGGUUUCCAGGCUUGUAUGCGGGUGAAGAACCUUAGGAGCCCCGAGGAGGAAGAGACGAUAGGAUUGACGGCCAAGGACGACGACGACGAUUGGAACUACUUUCAAGAUAAUCGGGGUAACUGAGCUGCACUAUAUUUAGCAAGCCCAGAUGUCUUAUUGAAACUUAGUGAAUGGUUCAACACAUAGAUCCAGCCUUGUGUCAGAGCCCGCUGUACCAUGACAGAAUGUAACGGAACUCAUAAUCUUGUACUGCUCACGCAGUCAUACAGCCAGUGCUGGUGUUUUGAGCAGCCCCGAUCGCCGGGAACAACUUAGGCAUGGCUCAUCUGACCGUCAAUGGGGCUAUCAUUUCGUGGGGCAGCACCAUGGUCCUUGGGCUCAAGAGUGUCGGUCUGGGAGUGAGCGAUGGGCUCCUUCUCGUGAUGUUCGAAGAAGUGAUGCUUGCUACCCCUCUCCAAGUCGUCAUCAUCCUGCCCAGGGUUGGCGGUCUGAUACUCGAGCACCUUAAAGAUCUUGUAACAGCCGAAGGCCAGGAAAGAGCCCAUGAAGGGACCAAGGUAGUAGAUCCAAUCAUACCCAUGGAAACCAGCGACAACUGAAGGGCCAAAGGAUCGAGCAGGGUUGAUGGAUGUGCCAGUCCAGUUUGUCAAGCAGAUGUGAGCGAUGAAGACAGAGAUACCAAUGCCGAUGGGGGCAAGAUGUGUGCUGCGGUGCUUCUCAACGGCAAGGAAGUAAACAGUCAAGACAAGUUGGGCAGUGAGGAACAUCUCCAUGAAAACACCCUGAGCAAUGCUUGUACCAUUGCCGAGAGCAUUUGUGACGAGGAGGGGUCCGGGGAUGAGACCGUCAGUAACUCCCGCAGCGGCGAUAGCGGCAACGAGUUGUGUAGGGAUAAUAGCAAGGGCGUGAAGAGGUGGUACAGCACCGACGAGGACCAGACCGAGAGUCACCUAAAGAAGGAAAAACAAUGAGCAUAUCCAGACAUUGACGGCGAGAGCAGUACCAAAAGAGGCAGCAACGUACAUCAAUGAGAAGGGCUCCAAGGGGGCAGUAGAAUUGGUAGGGUUGUUGGUAACGAGGGCAGUCUGGGCACCGAUGAAGGAGAGGAGAAGAAACAUGAAGGUUCCGCAGAAUUCUCCGAGGACGAUGACAAUGGCGUUUCUCACGCGGUUGGGGAUGGGACUGCCUGCUCUGCGAUCCGCUACGGCUUCCUCAGUAGGCAAGCCAGACAUGCCCGAGUUGGCACGAGUGAAUUGAACCAUUGUGACUUGGUUUCAAAGGUGCUUGGUGGUGUCUGUAUGGUAGGGGAAGGGAGAAGAGUAGGACGCUCAGGAAUGGUGACGUGAGAUGGCAACUGAUGCUAAGGGACCUGACAAAGGAGAGUUUCUUCGAUGGCGUAUUCGGGGAUUUUAUAUCAAGGAGAGCAAGAAAGAGAAAGAGCUGGAGGGAAGGACAUAACAUCCCGAGCAAUGAUAUCUUCAAUCGAACCACACCUCAGACCAAACGGUGCAAGUGGC